AAGACUUUUAGUUAUAUGUUCUUAUCUUUGUAGUGCAUAGAUGCUGAAUGCUUUUGUGUAUAUAAUGUCAAAUGGACUAUCCUUAGGAAAAAGUCAAAUUUAGCCAUACAUUCUGACUUCUAAACAUGAUGCCACCUCCACUAGAAGUUAUUGAGCCUUGAGCAACAUUGUUCCUGAUGAGCAGACUGGGGAUAGGAAUGAGCAAGGCCUUUCAGCCAGUGAGUGAAGGAGCCACGCACAUUGAGAAGGUUCCAUAAAGUGAACCCUCUAGAGAUCUGCACCCCUAGACAUCCACUCUCCUGGUUGUGUAUCAUGCUGUUAUACAGAGAGAAAUCUGAUCUAUUGAAGAUGCCAUGGACACCAUCUGUUGCUCUUAUAGUUACUUCUAACUACUACACUAACAUUUCUUGUCCAUAAUAUAAGGUUUAAGUGCUUUUAGGAGACUGUACAAAAGAACUUGGAAGACUCCCCUGCUAUCCUUUUACUUGUUGCUUAAGAUGAAAAGAAACCUGCAGCAUAGCAUUUUCUAAGACCAUCCUUAACUUAGUUUCUGGACUUCACAGUCUAGAUAUCGUAACAUCACUUCAAAUCACUAUUUUAUCUGCAGACCUUGACUUAAAUACAAGUGUUUGAAAUAUCUCUAAAGAACACUGCAUGCAAAAGGGUAUUUUGCAAGCUGUGGUCAUUUCAUGACCUGUAAAUAUAUUUUUGUGAGGAAGCUUCUUGAGCAUAUGUUCCACUUCCUCAGACACCAGAAAACUUCAUUCUUUACAUCUUUCCAUGAACAACACAUUGAUUUAGAGAAUCAAGAAUAUUUCUUAUAUCUAUUAGUGUACAGACAUCUUCUGAUACAAAGUAAGUAUUAAAAUAAUAAGAAAGAAAAAAGAUGAGAAAAUGGAAUCAAAAUGGAGAAAUAGAUGAAUGAAUGAUUGGCAGAUACUCCUCAGCAAUGUGUCUGUGCUCAAGAGUUUUUGCUAUUUCUUGUAUUUCUAGGUUGUUCCUAUUAAAUGACAUGUUUGAUCCUUUUCAGUAAAGUUAUUUAUUUCCAUGAUUAUAAUCAUUGAUGUGAAUUCCAUGUAAAGGUAGCAUCAUCACAUUUUGUUAGCAUUACUAGAAUUAGAUAUAUUUUUGUAUUGUUUCUUAUUGCUACAUAAAAUUAUUCAUACAUUUUAUUUAAUACUUGAAUUUCUCAUAAAUUAUUAUUAUUUAUUACUAUUAUCAUUUAAGCAUAAUAAGAACAUUCCCUAACAUAUAGCACGAAAGUGGGGAAAGGAGCAGAACGAGUUAUUGGUGUGCUUUAUGCCUACUUUAUCUGGUUUUCAGUCUUUGUUCUUGUCUGUUAUUGGGUGGCUAUGCAAUGUGAGACAUAUCAGGAAAACCCUGAGGUGGUAUAAGCUGCCACCUUGGUUUUUCUUACUUUUUAGUAGGUCAUGAAAAGAGAAGUGGCAUUCAUUACUAUCUCUGUGAAUGCUAUUCCAUCCUGCCUGUCUGUUAGCUGCAUAACAAAACUAGAAUCAGAUCUCAUGACAAAGGAUUUGAAGAAUGAAUAGAACAUUGGGUGAUUAUGGGCUGGCAAAAUAAAAUUCUCUUUUAGAAAUGGCAACAAUUCUGAUUAAUUACAUUGAGACAUGAAUUUAGCAUUGCGAUCUCACCUGAAAAACAUCUCCAGAAGCUGAAGGCACCUUCCAAUUGCACUAAAGUUCAUAAACCUAAGGUCCCAUCCAUCACUAAGAUAUUUAGCUAUUUUCUUAAAUCUCUGAUCUAAAAUACUGCUCAAAUGGGAACUUGGUUUUCAGGGAAAUACCUGAUUCUGUAAAAAGAAGGUGGCCUGAAAAGAUGGAUCAUAGAAAAGUAAACUUAACAGUGACCGAGUUUGUGUUUCUGGGGCUUUCAUCAGAUCCCAAGAUACAGCUAGUUCUCUUUUCUGUAUUCUUGUUUUUCUACAUAUUGUCAGUGGUGGGAAAUGCCAUCAUCAUCACUAUUAUCCAGAUAGAGCCUCGCCUGCAUACCCCCAUGUACUUCUUCCUCACUAACUUGUCCUUUCUGGACAUCUGCUACACAUCCACCAAUGUCCCACAGAUGCUCUCCAACAUGGUGGGGAGUAAGAAGACCAUCCCAUUUGCCAGAUGUGCUACCCAGAUGUACUUCUCACUCUCUUUUGGAAUGAUUGAAUGUGUUCUUCUUGGUGUCAUGGCUUAUGACAGAUAUGUAGCCAUUUGCCACCCUCUUCAUUAUACUGUUCUUAUGGAUCAAAACACCUGUGUCCAACUGGCAGCCAUUUCUUGGUCCAGUAGUUUCCUGAGUUCCAUGGUUAUCAAUGUUCUCACCUUGAGUUUGCCCUACUGUGGACCAAAUGUCCUGAAUCACUUUUUCUGUGAAGUUCCUUCAGUUCUGAGGCUGGCUUGCACUGACACUUCACUCACUGAGCUGGUAGUUUUUGUAUUCAGUAUUAUCAUCGUGUUUAUUCCUUUCCUUCUUAUUAUUGUUUCCUAUGCCCGCAUCCUUCUGUCUGUUCUCAGGAUGCGGUCAGCCUCUGGGAGGCAUAAGGCUCUGUCUACCUGUGCCUCCCAUCUGACAGUUGUGACCUUAUUCUACGGAACUGCUAUCUUUAUGUACAUGAGACCACAGUCGAAGUCUUCCAGGGCUGGUGGCAAGGUAAUUGCUGUAUUCUACACUGUAGUGACACCUAUGCUCAACCCAUUAAUAUACAGCCUAAGGAACCAGGAUGUAAAAGGGUCUCUGAGGAGAGCUAUUACAAAACAAAAUUUGUAAAAUCUAUGAAGGUACCAAAAGCUCAAAUGUUAAGUUUGAGAUAAGUACCAGCUAAUCUGGAGAUAGGGAGAAUGAAAAAUACAUAGAUCACCAGUUGUUUAUGACAUAAAAUAUCUUUCAAGUACACAGUCAGGCUUUAAUAUAUUGAAAUAAUUGCCUUUAUUGAUUGAAUGUAUUUUUUACUCACUGGUAAAGUGUGUAUAUCCUGGAUCAGAUUGGAAAAUGAAUUAAUUGAAAUUGUCAGCAAGAUGAAACUCCUUUAUUUGAGGUAGGAAAUCACACCUUUAAUUCAGAUCUUUAAUCCAGAUAUAAUCUAGACAAAUCCUUCCAUUGGAUGUCUAUAUAAGGACAUGGAAGAAGGAAGCAUUUACUCCUCCUUUGCUUGCUCUUCUCUUGUUAGCAUAUCCAUUCCUUCACUGGCAUUAGAGCCUACUACUUUCACAUUGCAGCAUAUACAGAAGACAGCUGCGACAUCCAGCAUUGUGGACUGAGCAACUACUGGAUUUUUGGAUUUUGCAUUCAUAGGCAGCCAUUGUUGGAUUAGCUAGAGCACACCAUGUAAAUCAUGGUGUGCUAACAAAUUCAAUAUACAGAGAGAUUCAUUUAUCACUUCUAUUCCUCUAAAGAGCCCUGACUACUAUGACAGGUAUGUAGAGAAGACAUUCUAGAGCAGUUUGUGUUUCAUAACAAUCUCAGCUAACUUACAAAUUCCUAAUGGCCAACUUCCCUUAAACUUAGCCUUCCCCAGGUGGUUUUUUACUUCAGAGGACUCAAUGCUCCUCCCCCAUAUCAUUCUGAGCUAAUUUCUUGGCAUGAAACUUCUUACCUGUGCUUAGAGAGUGUAAAUAAUUUUGAUAAGAGAAAUGAAAAUUCUCAAUGCAUGUAGAAUGCAAGUUAAGUCUUUUGUGAUGUAACUUUCCACAUUUUGACAGUCUAAAAGUCUCCCUGAAGAAAGGACUCCAUAUUAUACAUUUUAGUUCAGACUUCAUGUUGAUCUCAUUACAUUGGCCUUGCUUAAUGGAAUGUCUCACUCCCUCUCACUAGGGUGUAGGGAACCCUACAGAAGAGAAGGCAGUAAGAAAUUCAGAGCCAGAUAGAAUGGAGGAUACCAAGAAAAUGAGGCCUUCUGAACACAGCAUGACCCCAUGAACAUAUGAACUCCAAAGGACUGAGGCAUAAUGCACACAGCCUGCACAGGUCUGCACUAGUUUGGAUCCUUCUGUCAACAAGUGGACACUCUAACCAUAAAUUUAGUUCUAAUUGAUAACCACUUGCAAAUGAGAAAUUGUUUUCUUCAAGGGAGCAAUGCAAGGGAAACAAACCACUCUUAAGGGAGUACCCACGACUAGCAGUAAAUGACCAAUGUCUCAUCAUGUUCUGUCAAGGAUUUUAGCUUACAGGUCCUUUGAUUAUAUACUAUGGCUUCUAGUUUUGUGUUUUUAUGGGAUUAUUGUGUGUGGAAAUGUAUGUCUGUUUCUAUAUGUGUUUCUUCUGCUUUUACUUUGGCUUUUUUACUUCUGUGUGUUUUGUCCUAUUCUGCCUUGUUUUUCUUCUAUUUUUAUUUCAUUAUUAUUCCUAGAUGUCUGUUUGUUUUCUAAUGAGAGGCAGAGAUAAUUUGGAUCUGGAUGGCAAGGCAGGUAGAAAGAACUGGGAAGCAUUGGGGGAAGUGAACACCAAUCAGGAUAUAUUGUAUGAAAAGUCUAUUUUCAAUACAAA